CGCGGUCUAAACGUUUACGCAUUAAGUCUAACGUGAGUUCUCUGCUCGUGUGUGCAAGACAACUGUUGACAUUUUCAAACUUUUAGAAUAUAUUCCGAGCGAAUAUUUCAGUGAAGUGAGAAUGUCACUGAACAAAUCAAUGCACCCGCGGAACCGCUACAAAGACAAGCCUCCGGAUUUUGCCUACUUGGCCUCCAAGUAUCCAGACUUCGAGCAGCAUGUCCACACCAACCUGGCUGGCAGAGCUAUGCUGAACUUCAAGGAGCCAGAGGCGGUGCGAGCCCUGACCUGUACCCUGCUGAAGGAAGACUUUGGGCUGACCAUAGACAUCCCUCUGGAGCGUCUCAUCCCCACUGUGCCUCUCAGACUCAACUACAUCCACUGGGUGGAGGACCUGAUCGGAGGCCAGGGGGAACCACGCAGGGGCAUCGACAUCGGUACUGGAGCAUCCUGUAUCUACCCCCUGCUGGGAGCCUCUAUGAACGGCUGGCAUUACCUGGCUACUGAGGUAGAUGACAUCUGCUUUGACUAUGCCACCAGGAACGUAGAGCAGAACCACCUCUCGGAUCUCAUAAAAGUGGUGAAAGUUCCCCAGAAGACCCUGUUAAUGGACGCUCUAAAGGAGGAGUCGGCCAUCGUCUAUGACUUCUGCAUGUGUAACCCUCCCUUCUUCGCCAACCAACUAGAGGCUAAGGGGGUAAAUUCCAGGAACUCUCGUCGUCCUCCCCCCAGCUCAGUGAACACAGGUGGUGUGACAGAGAUCAUGGCUGAGGGAGGAGAGCUGGAGUUUGUCAAGAGAAUCAUCCACGACAGCCUGCAGCUCAAGACACGCCUGCGGUGGUACAGUUGCAUGCUGGGAAAGAAGUGCAGCCUGGCACCUUUGAAGGAGGAGCUGAGAAAACAAGGGGUACCCAAAGUGACCCACACAGAGUUCUGCCAGGGACGGACCAUGCGCUGGGCUCUGGCCUGGAGUUUCUAUGAUGAUGUUACUGUUCCGUCUCCACCCAGUAAGAAGAGGAAGCUGGAGAAGUCUCGUAAGCCACUGACCUUCAUGCUGCUUCAGCCCACAGUGAAGGAGCUGCAGUCCCAGGCCUCCUCUAUAGGCUGUCCCUCCGACACCAGGCCUGUAGAGACCAUCACUGCCUGGCUGGAGAAGACACUCAGUGACCUAAAGGUGCUGUACAAGCGUGUCCCAUGUGGGAGGAAGGAACGGAGUCUGUUCCUGACUGUUGUGGAGAACACCUGGAUCCACGGGAGACAGAGACGCAGAGACCAGGGCCGACACCUCAGAGAGCUGCCCAGAGCGCCCCCCAGUGGUAUUUCCACCACCCCUUCCUCAGUCACAGCCCAGCACCACUCCUCUACACACAUUCCGGAUAGCUCACACUCAGAUUCACACACUCCCACGGCAGCACAAGGGCCAGGCAGUGUUCCACAGUCAGGGACCAACCGGGCCAACUCUCAGGGGGCCAGCGGACAGGAAGUUCUAAGCCAGGAGGAGGAAACCAGCUGUGUCCCAGUCAAGAACAGUGGGACAGAGGAGGAUGUCAUCAUGGAGUCUUCUCCUACCUCUAUAACACCCAAUACCACACUGGCACAGACAGCACUACCCACCACAACACAGAAACAGGAAGCCAUAAUCACACCAGAGGAAGUACCUAUCGAAACACAGGAACAGGAAGUCAAUGCCACUGGACAGGAAGUGAUGCAGCCACAGAGCCCUGGAGCUGUGCAACACUUCCUGUUUAAGUGCUUGGUGAACGUGAAGGCUGAGGAGCAGGAUGUUGCCGUGGAGAUCCACUGGGUGGAAGGCCAAAACAAGGACCUGAUGAACCAACUGUGUACCUACCUGAAGAACACUCUGUUUAGAGUGGUGGCCAAGCCACUGGGGACAUAAUGGAACAUAGUUAACCUGUAGUACUGGGUCAUGUUCAUUAAGCAAAAAAUGGUAGACGGGAACGUAACUUACCAGUUGUCCUGUAUUCUAUUUGUGACCCGUUUGUAGCAGGUAGUGAAAUGUUCUUUGCUGGUUCAUUAGUUUCACCUAGUCUCCUUGUCAAGGUUAUAAUGAGCAGUGACUAUUUUAGUUAAUUCAAGUUUGAUAAAUUACAUUUAGAAAUGUGUUUUAGUAAUAUGUCAUUUGUCUAUUUCCAUGUUCAGUUAGUGUUUUACACACAGGUGGUUUAUUCCAGACAUUAAAUUUGUUGAGGAUGCCGUUUCCAUAAACUGCAGCUAAUCCA